AUUGGCAAAUAUUUAAAACGAGCAGCAAACCAAAUUGUCAUCGUCAUCAGCAGGCUCAACUCAUCAGCUGCCAAAGCCAAAUUAAAAUGCUGACUACAGAUCGGAGAAAUACUCUAAGUCAGCCAUGGCUGCUGUUAUCGCUGCUCCUGGUGGCCGCACUGAGCAUGUGCCUCGCCUGCCGCGUAUCAGAGUUUUCGUGCAAGGGCAGUGGCAACAGUGGCAACAUCUGCGUGCCACUGGACAAAUACUGCGAUGGACGCAGCGACUGUGCCGAUGGCAGUGAUGAGCCCAAGCACUGCUCCGUAUGCAAUCGGACAUAUUACGGUGACAUUGGACGCACCUAUGCUAUAAAAGUGCCAACGCCACAGUGGAAUAAAUUGCCCUUCCUCUGCCACUUGACAUUCACCGCGUCCGGCCAUGACCAAGGCGACAUUGUCCAGAUCAUAUUUGACGGGUUUACGGUGGGCCGCUUUGACGAGGGCAUGGUUGAUACGGAUGUGGAUGGUUAUGAGACGAAUCUGAGUCCGACCGGCGAGCUACCUGGCUGUCCCGAGGGCUUUAUGCAGCUCAGCGAACUGGGUAGACCUUUCACGGGCGGCUCUUGGUGCGGCAAGGCCACCGGACCGCAAUUAUACUUCAGCGAAACAUCCACGGUGACAGCAUCCGUGAAGGUAUUUCAUCCGCCACGUAAUCUACGAGACGAGAAACCCUUUGAGUUCAGCAUACGAUACAAAUUUAUUAGCCAGUCCGACGCAGUUGUAAGGUAUGGACUGCCCGAAAAGCCAUUGGAACUGGGACGUGUCACACCCGGCACCUAUUGUACAAGGCAAUUCGAUGAAUGCUAUCGUAACAAGUGUCGCCUGCAAAGCCCAAAUUAUCCUGGUAUGUAUCCAAGGAAUGUUACCUGCUAUUGGACCAUACGACAGAAAGAAGUGCCAACCAGCAAGCACGCCAUGAUUGCCGUUAGCCAGGAGAACCAGCACAAGGCGCUAGUAAAGCGCUCGAUUGCCAGCUUCAAUAAAACCUCGCGCUCUAUUCGGGCCUGGUCGGACUGUACAGGUGAACGCGAUCAUUUGAUCUUCUACGAUGGCAGCUCGACCAACGAUCCCGUUCUGGCCAAAUACUGUGGCGGCGAUUGGUUGCCGCGUGUCGUGUCACGUGGUCCAGAAAUGUUGGUUGCAUUUCACUCCAGCCCCUUCUCAGCGCCAUUGCAGCAGGGAAUACCCAAUCGGGGCUUCGAGCUGGAUGUGGACAUACUCUUCACCGACUCGGAUUCAUAUGAUUUUGCGCAGGGCAUGAAAAAUCUUUGUGAAUUUCAUAUAAAUGCAUCGAAUCCAGAUGACGUGCUAUUCUCACGUCGCGGCCGCAUGGGACGCAUUGUGAGCCCGCGUCACACGCUUCCGCCGAACACAACGUGCACGUACCACUUUCACGGAUAUCCUGGUGACCUGAUUUGGUUAUCGUUCACCAGCUACAAUCUGCAGAUACUGCAGCAGGCGAUACACGAUAACAAUACGCUUGGACGGAGCGAUCUGCCGCCUUGGAUUACACGUCUGCGCAUGUGGGACAGCUACGGCACCUAUCUGCCCAUCAAGUCGACUAGCGUGACUACGGGACAGCCGCCGCCUCCUCCACCGGUUGCCUCGUCGGCUGAUGGGGGUAAACCCACGCUGCUGAACCAAAGCAAUUAUGGCAGCUACUACUACAGUGCCAGCAAUCCGAAACUGAAUCGAAACUUGCGCGUCAACAUUGACAAUGCCUGGAAUCCGGUCGACACCUACAUCUACGGACCCACCCAGUCGAGCAUCUUCAAUCAGGAGAACAAGUACAGCGGCUAUCAGGGCAGUGCGGCUGCAGCUGCUGCCGGCGGAGCUGCUGGCAAACAGCUGGGCGGCAUUAAGGAUAGCCUCAACUAUAUUUCCGGCAGCAAGUCUGGACGCGAAGGAGGAGGAGGAGCCUCAGCUGCUGCCGUCUUGAGCUCCGACAAGAACAGCCAAAGCGCCGUUUCCCUGAUGAGCACCAAGGGCAAGCGGCGUCUAAUGCUGGAGAUCUACGACUACGAGACGCCCAAGUUGUGCGAUCACACGGCUAUCGGCAGUGGAGUCAGCGGCAGCAGCGCCCUUAUGGGUGGCAACAAGCAGCGACCCUGUAGCCCACUAGAGAGUUAUGUGAGCACCGGCAGGGAUUUGAAACUGGAAUUCCACACGCACACAGGCACCGCCCUAUUUCCGGCCCAAUUUGCACUGAACUAUGAGUUUGUUGACACGGAACAGGGCGGCGAAACUUGGACAGGUAGGCGAGGCGAGGAUCCAGUGCCUCCGCUCUGUUCACGGGUCUUUCGCAAACGCAAGGGCAACAUUCAGGUGCCGAGGAAUGUGUUCCUCUACGGCCGAGGCGGAGCCAAGAACAUCACCUGCCUCUAUCGCUUCGAAGCGGGCACCUCGGAGCGUGUAAAGCUGGUGUUGCACAAUGUGUCGUUUGGCGAAGGAACCGCCUGCACCACGGACUCGGAUCUGCACAUGGGCCGACCACGCUGCAAUCAACUGGAUCCCGAAGGUCGCAUCACCGAGCUGCGCCUCUACGAUGUGCCCUUCCGAGAUGUCAAAAUACAGCUGGGCUGCUUCUGUGACAACUCCAGCGCCUUGUACAGCAAUGCGCCGCUGACAUUUGUAUCGCAUUCCCGAAUCAUGGAGCUGAGCUUUACGGUGACCAGACUCAACAUUUCGGAAGACUUUGCCGACGUGUUCUUCUCGGCCUCGUAUGAGUUCAAGCGGCAGGCGGACUGCCGGAAGCAGCUGAAGCUGAAGGGCGCCGGCGGCGAGGAUGAACUGAAAUACCCGCUCAAGCCACAGGACGCCAGCUGCGAGGGCCUCGCCUGGUACAUUGAAGCGCAAUCUCCGGAGCGUUCGCUGUUUGUGCAAACCUGGGGUGCCUAUCUGCCGGUCGAUCCCACCUCCGAGGACGCCAUGCGGUGCCACACCAAAAACCGCCUAAUGGUCUACUCGGGCAGGCCAUUGAAGCCCAUGCGUGUGGUUUGCCCCGCCCAGAGCGGUCCCAGGCCAACAUCACUGCACAUAUUCUCCGAGGACUGGACGAAUGGACAGCCGUUAUUUAUGAACAAGCCCAUCAACUUGGUGCUGGAGCCCAUACUCAAGGAGCCCGGUGACAUAGCCUUCACGUGGCUGGAGAUACAUCGUACCAAGAACGCACUCCUGCAGCAAUUGGACCUGCAUGUGAAUGCAAGCGUAACCACGGGCAUGGGCACACCAUCCAGUGGUGCUGCUGGUGCUGGUGCUGGUACUAGUGGUGGUGGUGGAGUUGUGGGCACUGGCAGUGCUGGCGUCGCUGGCACUGGAGGCAUUGCGCCCAGCGCAGCAGCCAACGAAACGCUGAACGAAUUUGGAUUUUAUCCCAAGGAGUCGGAUUGCGAGUACAAAUGCCCUGAAAUUGAUGCAUGCAUAGCAGCCAGUCUAUGGUGUGAUGGUCAUCACAACUGUCCCAGCGGUUUCGAUGAGUCCGAGGAGGAGUGCGGAACCGCUCGCAAGCUGCUUGAGCUGCCCGGCGGCGUCUUUGCGGCAUUGGGUUGCAUUGCAGCCGCUUUGACCGCCUGCCUGAUAUUCUGCAUGUUUGGCCUGAUGCGCAAACGGAAAAAAUCGGUGGUCCAGAAAAGUGGUGGCUUCAUGAAUAGUGCAAAUGGCAAUGGCACGGUGCCAGCUGCCUGUAAUAUUGGCACACUGAAGAAGGACUUCAAGAAGGAGGCGCUCUACAUCGACCCGGCGUCCUGACAUCCACUACAGCCGGUCGAGUACAUACAUGUGGACCGGGAAACCACCGUGUGAUAUGUUGCCGCCGGCUGUGGCUUCUACGAGCAAAUGGAGCAGGGCCUGAGCAUUGCCUGACCGGAGCAGGAACAGGAGCAGGAGCAGGAACAGGAGCAGGAACAGGAAGACGAUCUGGAGCGAGAGCAGAAACUGCAGAUAGAGCAACUGAAGAUUGUUGGACCAGUUCAAGAUCUGGCAUGGAGGUUUUAAAGCUGCUGAGGAGUGUAGUGAGUGUGCGUAGUAAGUAUGUGAGUGCGAAUUCAGGAUUCAGGAUUGAGCCAAACAGGGAAAACGAGAACUAAAACUAAGUUGUAAGUUCGUAACUUUUCUAAGCGCUUCAAGAGUAAAAGUAUAACGAGAAUGUGUGUGUGCGUAGACUUAAGAGCAAGAUUUAUUGAAUAGGAAUAGCUGCGAUGGGUUUUUAACUAACACAUAUUUCCUUCAGCCGAUCAUCACUGCCUAGAAUGUUCUUUGUAAAGGUACACAAAUAAAUCGCAAUCAAACUUCCAGGCUUAAGAUAUUAAUUGAAAAAUUUGAUUUAUUAUAAGGCGGUUGAUAGCCAGAUUUAUAGCCAGAACUCAGAAUAAUUAAAUUAAAUAUUUUCUUCGUUUCACUAAUUCACUGAGAUUUGAAUCAGAAUUUGUUUAUAAGAUUUCAGUAUACUCGAAUAUUUGAUCAAAAACUGUGUUUUGAUGUUUUAUUAAACUCGACGAUUUGCCUGUCAAUUAUUUUUAUAAUGUGUAUUUUAUUUGGCAAGCUAAUAUUGGCUUCACUGAGCUGAUUGUUUAUUUCCAAACUCUUCAAUGUAUUCUUAAUUUCA